CCCUAGAUAAGAUCAAUUUAGGGUUCUUUGCAGUAGGUUUUUUCAUUUGUGAUGGGCUCUGAUUAUACUAUUCUGUGGAGUUAGAUCACAAAUUAACUUAUAAAAAACACGAUUUACUAACUAAGAGACUUUUCUUGAAGCAUAGUAUAAAAUUGUACUGUGAUAUUUAGUAAAUUGUGAGAAAUAACAUUCAAUACAAUUUACAAGACAUACUUAAUAAAUUUACUGAUACAUGAGGAAACUAUUGGGGAUUAGAACGUGCUGAUAGAAGAUUCUCGAGUAUAUUUUACUUCGUUUAUCUCUCAUGAGCUCUUCUAUUGUAUCUCUCGUAGUAAGAUGGCUAUACAGCUAGAAGGCGGGGGAAAGGAAGAUUUAAAAACACAGUUUGUUACACGAGAAGGAACUUAUAAAUUAAUGACAUUGUCUGAAUAUUCAAGACCAAAUAGGGUAGGCAAUACAGACACUCGUGGAAGUGCUUCGGUGAGAGUAUCAUUCGUCACUUUACCGGAUCCAACUGAUCCCACAGGAGCUCAAGGUCUUGGCGAUCGAAUGUGCUUUAAUUUUGGUAAAGAACUCUUUGUGUAUGUAUAUCGAGGAGUUAAAAAGGCUGUAGAUCUAAACAAGCCAGUUGAUAAAAAACUAUAUAAAGGAACAAAUCCCACAUGUCACAAUUUCAAUCAAACAACAGCUACAGCCGAUACUGCCCCAUUGCUUGUAGGAUUUUCUACAGGUCAAAUCCAACUCAUCGAUCCAAUAAAAAAGGAAUUGAACAAAUUAUACAAUGAGGAGAGGCUCAUAGAUAAAACAAAAGUUACGUGUAUUAAGUGGGUACCUGGAUCAAGUAAUUUAUUUAUUGUAUCUCAUAGUUCUGGCCAACUUUAUUUAUAUAAUUGGGAACUUCCUUGUAGUACAACUUCACCGAACUAUCAACCUUUUAAAUCAGGUGAUGGUUUCGUCAUUCAUACUUGUAAAACAAAAUCAACAAGAAAUCCAUUAUAUCGUUGGAUUAUUGGUGCUGAAGGAUGUUGUAUAAACGAGUUUGCUUUUAGUCCAUGCGGUACAAAUCUUGCUGUAGUAUCACAAGAUGGCUUUCUACGAGUUUUUAACUAUAAUACUAUGGAAUUAGUAGGCUCAGCGCGUAGUUAUUUCGGUGGGUUUUUGUGCGUCUGUUGGUCACCCGAUGGACGAUAUGUUGUUGUUGGUGGUGAAGAUGACUUGGUGACAAUUUGGAGUUUUCACGAAAAACGAGUGGUGGCUCGAGGCCAAGGCCAUCAUAGUUGGGUGAGCGUUGUUGCAUUUGACCCAUUUACGACAUGUUAUGGUGAUGCUGAUGCUGAUUUUAGUGGAUCUGAUGAUGAAGGAAUCCAACAUAAUCAUAAUAAUUUUAAUGAAAAAUCUAAUCGAUUAUCAGCCACACAUCAAGAAGUUAAUUCCAACAGAAACUCUGUAGGCUCAGAAUUACGCGUAUCUGGCGGAACAUGCUAUAGACUUGGUAGUGUAUCUGAAGACACGCAAUUAUGUUUAUGGGAUAUCACAGAAGACGUAUUACGACAACCUGUUUGUGCAAAACAAAGAAUUUCAACAGCUGGUUCGGGUACUGUACCGAUAUCUGGAACAGUAACUAGUGGUAAUGGUAUGACAUCAAAUCAUGUACCGAAUAAUGUGAAACAUGCUAAUGUAAAUAAUAUGAACUUAAAAGACUCUAGUAGUAUCCACAAUGAUACUAGUAACAAUAGCACAAACGUAAAUUCGACAGUGUCUACUGUCAAUUCGUUAACCCAAAGAUUUGCAGGACUUGGUUUUGGAGAGCGUAAAAGUGAUAAUCAUAAACGAAAUUUCAGUCUGACUAUGAAGGGAACUGGAACAAGUAAUAACUCAACGAUAAACAACGAUAAAUCGUAUAACAAUUCAAAUGCAAGCAAUAUGAACCAUGUUAGUGGAAAUAAAAAAGGGAAUUCAAUAAUGGAUGAUCCUAUGCGAUUAAUCGGAACUGCUUGGUGUCCUAGAUUUGAUGAGUGUCCAGUACUAGAACCUUUGGUGUGUAAAAAAUUAGCUCACGAACGAUUAACUGAAUUAGUAUUUAGAGAAGAUUGUUUUGUGACAGCUUGUCAAGAUGGAUAUGUUUAUACAUGGGCAAGACCUGGUCACAUGGUAGGUCCUUUAACAAUAAGCAGUACUUUACAUAGACCACAUCACCAUAAUAAUCUUCAUACAAAUAUAAGUUCUAUGCGAGUAAAUGAUCUCUGAUGUAAAAACAUAUUAUUUAAUAACUUCAAAGCUAUUAAUGCGGAAUAUUUCAAAAAUUCAUUAAUAACUGUAUAUAAUUAAAAUUCAAUAUGUUUUAUUUGCAUUAAUAAUGAAUACAUUAAAUUUCAUUGAAAUAUCGAAAAAUAUAGAAUAAAAUAUUCGGAAAAAUAAAUACUAUAGAAUAAUUUGUAGUGCUUUAAAUGUGACUUUUCAGCAUUUUUAACCAAGAAUACUACAAAAAGUCAAGAAUAAAUUGUAUAUGUAUGUAACUUUGAAAGUUAUUUAAGCAAAAAUUGAGUCUAUUCAAUAUUGGUCUAUCUAAGUAUGAAGUAGAAAUUAUUUAAUUAUUCUUAUUCGUACUAGAAAUUAUAAACAUCUUUAAAACAAUAAUAGACAUUUUUGAAUGAUUUCAUAUAUUUUUUUACAUUUAAUUAUUUAAUUGCGUGCCAUUUAAGGAAGGGUGGAGAGAUUAAAUUUGUUAUGUUCAUACUCGACUGCAAGUAAUGAUAUAUUGUAAAGAUAUGCUGAACAUUACUGAGUUAAGCAACACGUAGUUUAUCGGUUAUUUUUCAAUACGACAUUAAAUUUUAUUUAUCUCAAAUAAAAAUGAUCCGUCCACAUAUCACACAAUUUAUGUAACUUUCAUUCUUUCAAUUAAUAUAGUUCACAUAAAAGAAAAAAGUCAACAAUGUGUGGAUAGAUAUUUUCAUCAAUGAAAGUUUCGAUUAAUAAUCUUAGAAAUCGUCUUUCUUAAUAGUAAUUAAAUCUUUGAUUUUUUCAUCUAUUAAACUCCGUGUUUUAUAAUCGUUUUAUGUUUCUAUAUUAGGGCAGGCCCCUUUGAAUUUCUAUUCUCCACUCUUCUUCGUUAAAGUUAAAUUAAGUUUAAUUGAAUGUGAGAAGGUAGCAUUGAUUAGUUAUCUACUGAUAAUUGAAACUAGUUUAAGUAUCAAGUUUAUCAUUUUAGUUAUCUUUCAUGUAAUAGGAAUUAUUGUAUAUUUAUAAACUAAUUCAAUGUAAUUAAAAUAAAUAUACCAUUCUAGAGAUAUUUUCUUGCAUAACAAAAAUAAGCUAUUAUAAUAACAU